AUGCGCUUCUUCGCUACCGUAUCUGUUGUUGCACUCGUACUCCCGGCACUGGCCGCACCUGCCGCUGAUGUUUCAUCUGCUCGUCGCGACGUGAAGGCACGCAGAUCAACCUCAGUCUACACGCGUGACGUAGACUUCGCGUCGGCCUUGCGCCGUACCUACGGCAUACCGCCAGGCAUUGCCGUCGCCAACGCCCAGUCCGCUCAAACGUUCGCCUCUGAGGAAGCAACACUGGCCAACGAGGAACAGGUUCUACAACAAGAGAUCAGUGAAGUCGAACAGAUCAUUGAGGAGGAGGGCGGUGCCGCGGAGGCUGGCGGCGAGGGCGCUGAACCCGCUGCAGGAGCCGAACCAGCAGGCGAAGAACCCGCCGGUGAAGAGCCCACAGGUGAAGAACCCGCCGGUGAGGAGCCUGCCGGCGAUUCCGGAGAAGCAGAGGCGGAGCCUGCGGCUGAAGGUGUCGAGGGCGCUGAGUCUGCACCAGAGGAAGGGGCUCCAAGUGAUGAGACCGAGCCCGCAGCAGAGGGCGAGACUGUAGAGGCGGAGCCUGCGGCAGAAGCAUCUGAAGAUGCUGAGCCCACAGGUGAAGGCGAGACGGAGCCAGCAGCCUCGACCAUAGCCGCCGCUCAGCCGGCAUCCUACACCGCGACAAUCGUCGAGGUGUUCCUGUGA